AUAAUUUAUUAUUUUAAUAUUUAAAAAUGGAAGAAAAAUAUUUUGCAUGGGAUGAAAUUUCUGAUGCUUUAAUUUUAUUAAGUACACAAAAAACUGAGGAUGAACAUAUCAAGAAGAUUAAACAACAAUCUGAUCCUGUACAUCAAUCAAAGGUAUACUGUCCUCAUGCAUACUUGAUUUUAAAUUUUCACGAAACUGUAAGCCAACGUGAUAAGCUAAGAUUUAGAAAAUAUCAUUUAAGAAAAGUAUCUCCAAAUGAACCAAAUGUUAUUAUUUUGCAAGAUAUAAAGGAUCUUGUGAUGUUUUUAUUAAUCAGCCCCAUAAGUUCUCAGUUUGUAAACUUUUUUCAUUUACCAAUUGUUGAUCGCUUUUUGAGAGCUGUAAUACUUUAUUUUCAACAUUAUGUGAUAACAUGGGAAGAAUUAAUGAACGAACGUACAGCUACUAUGAAAAAAGCUCCAAAUCCAUUAGCUCAGGGCUAUAGAUUUAAAUAUACAGAAGAAAUGCAAAAUCUGCGUUGUGUCUUAGGUAGAGAAUAUGCUGACUUAAUAAUAGGUUGUCAAGACAUUAUACAAUACCAUCAUAUGAUUGGAGGAAAGAAAGGAGCACCAUCUUUGACACAAUCACAAGGAGAGAAAGAUUUAAGAAUAUUUGAAGUAUUAAUUUGUAUGACACAUCGUAUUGUUUGGAUAGCUUUAGAACGUAAAUAUUUUAGUUUGAUUGAAAUAGAAUUGCAUAGAUUAUUUAGAACUGAAACAUAUAACAUAGCAGAAAGACAAAGUUAUACAAUUCAAGAUAUGUUAUUUGAUGAUAUUCAAGUAUUACAAGGUCACAAAAUACAAGAAAAAAGAAAAUUACUAAGGAAUUCACCUCUAAUACAAGAAUUAAUAUAUUCAAAUUAUGAUUAUCGUCUUCUGACUUUAGGAAUGCAAGACAAUUCAAAUGACAAACGCAUUCUUUAUUUACAACAUGCUCUUGUUGUUGAAGAAGAUAAAUUACAUGAACUGGGAAUAAAAAUAGGAAUUUUAGGAGAAAAUAAAGCUAAUUAUGAUAUAAUAUUAAUGCCCAUUGAAGAAAGAGAUGAAAAACUGGAUAAAACUCAAUUAUCUGAAAAAAGAAAAUAUGAGAGAAAGAAAAGCAUUAAAGAUACAGAUAUAAAAAUACCAGUAAAAAUUCGACAACUUCCACCAUUCCAAACUAAGCCCGAUUUAAUACGAGAUUUUUCAAUGAAAACAAUUAAUAUUAUACCAAGAGGCUAUAAAAUUACUCGUGAGAAAACAAGAAAAAAAUGGUUAAGUAGAGAAAUAAAACGUCAGGAACAUAAAGAAACAGAUACAUAUUCAAUAGUAACAAUUUUAGAUUAA